AUGGUUUUGGAUUUCGAGGCAACCUGUGACAAAGAAAAGAAAAUCGAAAUUCCAGAAAUAAUAGAGUUCCCAGUCCUUAUGGUGAAUUCAUCUACAUUUCAAACUGAAGCUGUUUUUCACCAGUAUGUUCGACCAACUGUUAAUCCAGAGCUGACCGAUUUCUGUACAGAGCUAACUGGAAUUAUACAGGCUAUGGUAGAAGAUCAGUCAGAUUUGCCUACCGUAUUAAAGAUGUUUGACGCCUUUCUGGACGAAAACAAUCUGAAGACUAGUCUGAAUAAAUUUGCUUUUGUCACGUGUGGUGACUGGGACCUGAAAACAAUGUUAGUAUCUCAGUGUAAACAUUUAGGUAUUGCUGUUCCGGACUACUUUAAACAGUGGAUUAAUUUGAAAAAGGUAUAUUGUGAUGUGAUGGGUCACUUUCCGAGCAGUAUGAUGUCUAUGCUAUCAACACUGAACUUGAAACACAUUGGUCGACAUCAUAGUGGCAUUGAUGACUGUCGUAAUAUAGCAAAUAUUUUAUGCGAAUUAAUUCGGUGUGGUGCAACUCCUGACAUAACAGGAAAAUCCAGAUAA